CUUUAAACUUUACCAUCUUCCUGUUCAAACAGCAGCUGAAGUGAGUAAACAUUCAAAGUCCACAUCUUUGGAGUGAACAGAACUUCCUUCACGGCUGUGUCAGAAUGGAGGUCCUGCCACCACCCUCAGGCCUAGAAGCACAACAUGCAGCACUUUUCACCACUGGCUCACUUAAUUUCCUGCAUGAGCUCAUAUCCACAUUUGAUAAGGAUGUGGACCAGAUAUUGCAACUUCGAAUGUCCAGAAAAGCCCACUCGGAUCUCUCUGGUGAGCUGCCACACUUCCUGGAAAAAACUGCACCCAUAAGGGCUGACCCAGCCUGGAGGGUGCUUCCUGUCCCUUCCAGGCUACAGAAGAGGCAUGUAGAUAUUGGGGACAUGGCCCCAUGUGAUGCUCUGCGCUUUAUUAAAGCUCUCCAGUCCUCAGCACAGGGCAUACAGGUUGACUUCGAUGAUGGAAACUGCCCAACCUUCCGCAACCAGAUCACAGGAAUUUACAACGUCAUUCAGGCAGUGAACAACCAGUUCCCUGGUGUUCCACAUAUAUCUCAAGCUCCGGUACUGAUGCUGCGACCCCGUGCCUGGAACAUGGUGGAGCACAAUGUUAUGGUAGAGGGAAAGGAAGCUCCUGGUCCACUCUUUGACUUUGGACUUCUGAUGUUUCACUGUGGGAAAAUGCUGUUCCAACACAAGAGUGGCCCGUUUUUCUACCUGUCAAAAGUGGAGAGUUUCAUAGAGGCCAGGUUGUGGAACAGGAUCUUUGUCUGGACACAGGAGAAGCUGGGCCUUCCACUCGGCAGCAUCAAGGCAACGGUUCUGAUAGAAAAUGUCUUCGCAGCGUUUGAGAUGGAGGAGAUUCUCUAUGAGCUGCGAGAACAUUCAGCAGGACUCAACUGUGGGAUCUGGGACUAUUCAGCCUCCUUUGUCAACAAGUUUGGUCACCGUGAGGACUUCCUUUUGCCUGACCGCAGUAAAUACGUCAACAUGGAGAAGCAUUUUCUGCGCAGCUACAUGGACUUGUUGGUUCAGACGUGCCAUCGCCGCGGGGCGCUGGCCACAGGAGGCAUGGCUGCUCUCAUGUUGCCUGGCAGGCUGCACACAGACUCCUACACCAGAGUGUUAGCUUCAGUCAAAAGGCAGAAGAUGUUGGAAAUCAGUGCAGGUGUGGAUGGUUUCAUGGUGUAUGACCUGAAUCUGAUUAAACCCAUGCAAGAACUCUUUCAGGUUCACACCGAUGGUGACAACCAGCUUCACAGGCUUCGAGAGGAUGUCAGCGUGACUCCUAAAGAUCUCCUCUCCAUGCCCUUGGGAGGGGUCACUCUGUAUGGGCUGAAGUACAACAUAGCGGUGGGUGUCCUGUUUAUAAACGCUUGGCUAUCAGGAAAAGGCCACUUUUUCUUCAGAGGUCAGGUAGAAGAUUCAGCCACAGCAGAGAUUUCCAGGUCACAGGUGUGGCAGUGGAUCCGUCACCAGGCUCGGCUGGAGGAUGACAGCAGGGUGGUGAACAGGCAGCUGGUGGCCGACCUCACUGAGGAGCUCACGUCUGAUCUCAGCGUUCGCUGUCUCUCUGCUUGGACCAGACAGAGGUUAUACACAGCUGCUGACAUGUUCCUGGAGAUUGCCCUGAAGAGGCACUACCCAGAGUUCAUCACGUCCUACCUCAACCAGGAUCACACCUUUCUCAGCUACCAGGAUCAGCACACAGAGGAGGAAGAGGCUUUGGAAACAAACAAGCAACAAUCCAAACUGUGAAGGGUCACCAUGGUUUCUUCUACUUUACUGAACAUUUCAUUAGAUGAAUAGAAGAAAUAAAGCGAGAACGAACAA